AUGAGCCAUCACCACAACCCUUUGGUCAAAAAGGUCCUGGCUCUUUUUAAAAAAGUGCACAGUGAUAAAGAAGGCAAAACCUCGAAAUACCCACCAGAUCUCGAUGCCAAAUAUAUUAUUGAUGAGGAUGUCACUUUGGGUGUCGGCUCAUUUGCAGUUGUCAAGCAAUGUGUUCAGCGUACAACCAAAGAAAAAUGUGCUGUUAAAAUUAUCUUAAAGAAGGCUAUUGCUGAUAUUUUAACGAAAGUGCGCCACAAGCACGUUGUCUCUUUACAUGAUAUUUAUGAAUCAGACGAAGCAGUUUACAUUGUUACUGAUUUAUGUACUGGAGGAGAGCUAUUCCAGCGUAUUGUUGAAAGAGGAACUUAUACUGAAGAAAUGGCUUCUGAUCUAGUACGCCAAAUGUUGGAAGGACUGGCUUAUUUGCACUCGCUAGACUUAUUGUUCAAAACACCCGCUGAGAACGCUGAUUUGUUAAUCACCGACUUUGGAUUAUCUAAAUUGUUGAAAGACCGUAAUGAAGUCUUAACAACCGCUUGUGGUACACCAGGCUACGUAGCUCCUGAGGUGCUUUUAGGUACCGGCCACGGUAAACCCGUUGAUGUAUGGAGUGUUGGUGUUAUCAUGUAUACCCUUCUUAGUGGCUAUACACCAUUUUACGGUGAAGACCAAACCGAAUUAUUUGAAUGCAUCAUGCAAGGAAAAUAUGAAUUUGAAGAGGAAUAUUGGGGCAAUAUCUCGAUUGAGGCCAAAAACUUGAUCGACAAACUAUUGACAUUUGAUCCUAAAGAGCGUAUCACAGCCGAAGAAGCGCUGCAAGAUGUGUGGAUCACACACAAAAAUAAGGCUAUCAAUUUGGCUCCGAAUGUUCGUAAAGGAUUCAAUAGUCGAAAAACUCUACGUUCUUUAGUGACAGCAGUAGCAGCUAUGAAUAGGUUGAAGCUGAACUUGGAAGAUGACAGUAGCAGUGGUAGUGACAAUGAAAAAGAGAAAGACGCUCAUUAAAAGGCUGCUCCAUUUCAGUGGCAGAUUUGUUCGUUAAUACAGUCGAACCUGUCUAAUUGAAUCAAGACAUUAACUUACAAUGUUGUCCUUUUCUUAAUAACUGAAUUCUGUUAAUUUUUCUACUAAAAACAUUUUCCAACAAUGGGCACGUUUUUUAUAAAGAUGGACAAAACAAACAUUUCUAAGUUCCACGUAAAAAACGUUUACGAUCCUUUGAAGGAUCUUACUCAAAUUGAUUAUCCGAAUGUAGUUCCUGACAAAAUGACUAGCCAACCAAAGGUUAAAGUGCCAGAUUCGGAUAGAUCAUACAAGAACUAUCACGACUUUAGCAAAGAGACGUUUAUAGAUCGUAUGCUUGAAAAUCUUCAAGAUUGUGGGUUGCUGGCCAAAGUUGAUUAUAGCCUAUCAGAUGAAAUUUCUUCAGCCAUAAUCUUUAUUUUGCUUUU